AUGCGCAUGCAGCCCGAGAUUGCCGCCAUUCCGGAGAUGUGGCACGAGAAGGGCGCCAUCAUUGACCUGUUGAACCAGCGAUCCGGCAAUGUGUAUGCAUUCGCAACAGGGGGUGCUACCGAGCAGUUCAACGACGCAGACAUCCUCUACAGAUCUGACAAGUGGGAGCACAUUGCUAGCGACCUUGUUCCAUUCUCAGCUGGCCGAGCAAUCAACUGGGCCGCUCUGCGGCGUAAGUCGGACGGCUAUUCCCUCAUCGCUUCCGGCACACAUCCUUUGUGCUGCCGGGGCGACUACGUCAUCACCGAGGCUGUCGACUUUGUCACCAAGACCUUGAGCCAGGUUCAGUACCAACAUCCGUACCCCAUCGUCCUCAUGGGAGACCUGAACACUGGCUACUACCAGCCAUCGCAGCAGCUUUUGAGACAAGGGCAUGUUGAUGCCUUCGGGCGUCAUUGGCAAAUUCCAAUGACCUUCACAGACGCCUGGGCUGAGCUUCACCCCGGCAACCCGGACCCCUCCACCAUCAACGACGACCCGGUGCGACUGGAUUACGUGUACUUUCAGAAGACCCCCAUCUCCGUGGGCCAGUCCAUCGUGCAGUCCCAGAUUUGGCCUCGUGCCGCGGGCAGUGACCACCGCGCAGUCUCCGGAGACGUCGUGUUGAACCGGACAGCAUGUUAUUUCUUGAAGCAGCUCCGGUGCAAGUUGUCGCCAGGUGUUCACCAGGAGCAACGCUGCACCGCACUGCAGCUUCUGCUCGCCACCGCGGAGAGCUCGGUGCCAAUGCUCCGAGGAUCCGGGCGGGGCCUCACUGAGCUGCCCAGCUGUGCGGAGAAGCCGAACUUCCACCUGGCUCGUGCUUCGUGGUGUGGAGAGCAGAAGGAGCCGGUCGCCUGCGCCAAGGACUCGGAUGGCCCCAAUCCCGUUUGGGAUUGCCACCUGCAGGCAGAUGGCUUCUGCUCUUUGGGUGGAAGCCCUUGUGCUUGGCCCACGGGCGCACCAGCUCGGGAGGUGUCCGCAACCCAGUCGCAGAGCCAGAACAACAAUGGUGCCGGUAACCCCACGCGAUUUGUGACCUGGAACCUGUACGUCUUCACAUUGGCCGGCCGCAUCCAUCCCGUUGUGGAUGAGCUGAUGCGAAUGCAGCCUGAGAUUGCUGCCAUUCCGGAGAUGUGGCACGAGAAGGGUGCCAUCAUUGACCUGUUGAACCAGCGGUCCGGCAAUGUGUAUGCAUUUGCAACAGGAGGUGCUACCGAGCAGUUCAAUGAUGCAGACAUCCUCUACAGGUCUGACAAGUGGGAGCACAUUGCUAGCGACCUUGUUCCGUUCUCAGCUGGCCGAGCGAUCAACUGGGCCGCUUUGCGGCGUAAGUCGGACGGCUAUUCUCUCAUCGCUUCCGGCACGCAUCCUCUUUGCUGCCGUGGCGACUAUGUCAUCACCGAGGCUGUAGACUUUGUCACCAAGACCUUGAGCCAGGUUCAGUACCAACAUCCGUACCCCAUCGUCCUUAUGGGAGACCUGAACACUGGUUACUUCCAGCCAUCGCAGCAGCUUUUGAGACAAGGGCAUGUUGAUGCCUUCGGGCGUCAUUGGCAAAUUCCAAUGACCUUCACAGACGCCUGGGCUGAGCUUCACCCCGGCAACCCGGACCCCUCCACCAUCAACGACGACCCGGUGCGACUGGAUUACGUGUACUUUCAGAAGACUCCCAUCUCCGUGGGCCAGUCCAUCGUGCAGUCCCAGAUUUGGCCUCGUGCCGCUGGCAGUGACCACCGCGCAGUCUCCGGAGACGUCGUGUUGAACCGGUAG